AUGCCGUCGAGUGGAUAUCGUGAUUAUACACCACCGGCUAUUGAUCAACGGAUAAAUGAGUUAUUAGAUCGACGAGCCGGUGCCUACGAGAAUCUUUCUACUGAAACCACGAGAGAACAACUUGAAAAAUACAAGGGAAACCGGGCGUUGAGACAGGGAUUGCUGAAAACUACACACCGUCAUGUACUUGACAUCGUAGCGUUGAUGCUGAAUACUCAGAGCAAUGCUCUGGAGGAAGGAAUUUUAGAUAAAGAUGAAUAUGUGCAGGUGUUCAGUGAUUUUUUCGUUGAAGAGGGACGACGAGCGGUGCUGAUAUAUUAUCAGCCGAUGGACCCGCCUGCAUUUGACUCUGGAAGAUGGACGGUGCAGCUCGCCCGAAAUGCUUCAUUCAUUCGUUGUUGUGUUACGGACGGCUCUACCGAAAAAUUCACUGGAAAAUGUGUAAUUGUUUAUCGCCUGAAUCCGAAAAUAGAAUUCGCGACGAAGCAGUUACUGCAGGAGACUUAUUACGCUUACACAGAAGUUGAUGAGUUGUUUUUGAGCACUUUACACGGGGUUUUCAGCCUCAUGUUACGGCUAAAUGUACCCGCAAUUCAAUCGAAUCCCUACUGGGGUGACUUGAUCAAAAAUGCUGAGAUUGAAAGGAAGCGGAAGGACAAAUUUACGGAGGAUGUGGCAGAUUUUUGUCAAUAUUUGGCAAGAAUCGAUGAUGAUCUCCGGAGAACCAUGAGACUGGACGAAUGUCCGGAAAGUCUUCGGGAGUAUUCAUCGACAGAAGCAAACAUGAAUUACGCCAGGAAUCACGAAGCUGUAGAAGAGGUGGAGGAGUGGUUGAGAACAACGAUGAAAUCCAUUCAAAAAGCGUUGGUUGAAAGUCAGCAACUGCAACGCGAGAGUGAAGACUUCGGACCGAAUUUCGAAUUGAUGUAUUGGCGACAGGUUCUAGUGCAAUUUUCAUCAAUUUCAGAGCAGAUGAAAAGUCCCGAAACGACAAGACUGAUGACUUUACUAGUUGUGGCGGACUCCAAUCUCGUGAAAAAAUGGAAGAAAUUAGAGGACGACGUCGCCAAUAUGGAGAUUCUAGCUCGAGACAAUAUCACCUACUUGCAAUCACUCGAAAAAUUUACGGAGCCGUUGUAUCGCCUCAGACCGACAGAAAUUGGCGAGUACUUGCCUGGAUUGAUGUAUACCAUCCGAAUGAUAUACUCGACAUCGAGAUUUUUCAACAGCCAGCGAAUGUUGACAGCCAUAUUCGUCAAGAUCACGAACCAAAUGAUACUGUCAUGCAAAGCAUACUUGACAGAAAAUGGGACGCUGGACAUCUGGCGAGAUUCCAAAAGCCGACUGAUAUCUCGUAUGAAGGAUUGCAUCAAUCUCUAUGAACAAUAUUACAACAUUUGCAACAGUGAAAUGGAGAAGAACACGGAUGAGAUGGUGGACGAGCGAUUGCCCUUCAAAAUUUCCCGGAUUUCUGUGUUUGGGAAGUUUGAUACCUUCAAGCAAAGGCUGGACAAAAAAUAUGAUUAUCUCGAUCACAGAAAGCUUGAUUUUAAUACCGAUUACGAGGAAUUUAAGAAGAGCGUUUUACAAGCGGAAGAAGAUCUGAGGAAUUUCAUCUCGAAAACCCUAUCGCUGGCGACAAAUAUUGAUGACGCACUCGUAGUAGUUCUCAGAUUCCAAAAAUUGAAUCUCGGUCGCUUGUGGAUCGAUUCAAAGUACCUGAAGCUCGUGCCAAUGUACGAAUCAAAGAUCGAGGCGAUACGAGAUAUUUACAACGAGGGUAGAUCAUCCCCGGCGAUAGCCAGAAACAUUCCCUCAGUAGCGGGUAGAAUUCUCUGGGUUCAACAGCUGAGCAGAUUCAUCAUCUGGAAUUCCCUGGGAAUUCCCCAGUUGUGCCACCGUAUCCAAGAAGUACUGCGCGAUGUUGAGAUUUUCGUGAAGGAAGUCAACGACAUAAAGGAAGCGAGAGUCGAUGAAAUAUUCCAGAGAAUCUCGGAAACGGCGAUCAUAAAACUGGAUGAUCAUGCCUUGAGCCCCGAGCAAUUUGUAGCUGACAACAUCAAUUUUGGAAAUGCUGUGGGGGUUGAGUUGGAGCUGAAAUCGGCGGCUGCGGAAAAAGCGGUCAUUACGAUAAUUAACAAGUGCUUAAGUUUGAUGGCUUCUCCGGAGGUAGAGGGAGACUUAUAUGAUUGGGUUGAUCCUGAGAGGAUGUUCAAGCUCGUUGGUUCCGAAUCGGGAAACGUUAGAGAGCAGAUGGAAGCAAAAUUCGCUGAUAUUGAUGUCUCUGCGCCGAUUAAUAUCGGUCGUGUCCAGAAUGAUUGUAUGGAUGUUUUCACUCAUUUUAAUAAUAAACUUACCGAAGUCUUAGUGAAAUGCACGAAGAGAUCACUGGAAAUGCUGAAAAAGCGCUAUCUUCUUUGCAGUAUCACUUUGAGAGACACCAGUCGGAACUACGACGAAGUGCCCUUGCUUCGUACACACUUUAUAUUACAAAUACCCACGAUCACGAUAUCCCCCAGUAUUGAAAAAUUGCAAAGUUCUUUCAGUGAAAUGGUUAGAAAUCUACUCGCCAUUCAUACGGGGGUGAAGCAGUGGGGUCAGAGAGGCUCCCAUCGUGCUGAAAAGAGAGAUACACUUGGGACAGAAUUACUCGAUGAAGAAGACGUAAAAGCGAUGAAAAGUUAUUAUCAAACGAUAACCGAUCAUAAAGACAUCGUACGGAGUACUAUCGCCCUUCAGGGAAUAAUAUUAAUGCUAAAGAGCGACAUUAUAUUCAUCGCAAAUGAUUACGUCAAAGCUUAUUCCUACCUCUGGGCGGAGAACAGGAACAGCCAGACAAGAUCUUUUGUUGAAAGUGAACCUAUCACAGAGCAGAUAAAGGAGGAAUUUCUCAAAUAUGACGCCCUGCGAGAAGAAAUAAGAAAUCUGCCCCGACGGCACGUAAUCGGUUGUAUUGAGAUAGAUAUGGAGAAUUUGAAAGGAGCUUUACAAGUGGAGGUUGACUCGUGGAAAAACACAUUCAAUUCCAUAUUGAAUGAAGCCUACAAACAAAAGAUAAAUCAAUUCACCAAUUUUAUGAAGGAUAAGAGUGAAAUACUUGAAAGGAAGAUCAACGACCUCGAGGACGUUAGAAUUGCGAUGAAGUGUCUCAAUGAGAUCAGAGAGAACUUCAUAGCAUUGGAUAUAACUCUUGUCAACAUCGAAGAAACAUUCGCCAUAAUGGCAAAUUUCAAUGUUCCAAUCGCCAAAGAGGAUCAAGACGCGGUUGACGGACUGCGGUACUCCUUCAACAAUAUGCAGCAGAUGGCAAAGGCCGUCCAGACUAUGAUUUGCCAAAUGCAGGAGCCCCUGAAGCAACAACUAAUGGAUGGGGUACAAGUAAUGAAAACCAAUGUUGAACAGUUUGACUACAAUUUUGAAAUUAAUGGGCCUAUGGUCGAAGGAAUACCGGCGAAAGAAGCUAGUGAACGACUAAUCCUUGCACAAGCUCGUUUCGAUGAGCUAUGGGAACGAUAUGAAACGUACAGUUCUGGAGAAGCACUUUUUGGAAUCGAAAUAACUCAGUAUCCAGCACUCGAGCAUCGCAAGAAGGAACUGAAUUUGUUGCAAAAGUUGUAUGGUCUCUACCUCCAAGUGAUGCGAUCAAUCGACGGUUACUAUGAUAUUCAAUGGAGAGGAAUAGACUUGGAGAGUAUUGCGAGUGAACUUGUGGAGUUCCAGAAUAAAUGCAGAAAGUUACCAAGAGCUAUGUAUGAAUGGCCUGCUUACAUCGAUUUGAAACAAAAAAUCGACGAUUUCAACGAAAUUUGCCCCUUACUGACGUUAAUGGCUAACAAAGCAAUGAAACCUCAUCAUUGGGAGCGACUCUCCAAAUUGUGCAACCAUUUUUUUGACGUUGAGUCUGAAAAUUUUACUCUGGCUCAUGUGAUACAGGCCCCAUUGCUUCAAUAUAAAGAAGAUAUUGAGGAUAUUUGCAUAAGUGCUGUUAAGGAGAAAGAUAUUGACAGUAAACUGAAGCAAGUCAUUGCCGACUGGGCAAUUGUGGAUUUGCACUUCGCUAAUUUUAAACAACGGGGCGAACUCUUGCUCAAGGGGACAGAGACUGGACAAAUUAUAUCUCAAUUGGAGGAUAGUUUGAUGAUCAUCAGUUCUCUGUUGGCUAAUCGUUACAAUACCCUGUAUAAAAAAGAAAUUCAAUCGUGGCAGGAUAAACUUAGCAAUACGGCUGAAAUAUUGGCUAGAUGGUUACUGGUACAAAAUUUAUGGGCUUACCUUGAGGCCGUUUUCAUCGGAGGUGACAUCGCAAAACAACUUCCAGGUGAAGCAAAGCGGUUCAGCAUUAUUGAUAAAGCCUGGGUGAAAUUGAUGCACCGUGCGAGGGACAAAAUGAACGCCGUUGAUACUUGCACCUCAGAUGAAACGAUGAGUCAGCUAUUGCCGCAUCUUUUGGAGCAACUCGAGUCUUGUCAGAAAUCUUUGAGCGGAUAUCUGGAGACGAAACGCGUCGCCUUUCCGAGAUUUUACUUCGUCUCCGAUCCGAAUUUACUUGAAAUUCUUGGGCAGGCUGCGGACUGCCAUAGUAUCCAACAUUAUUUAGAUGAGUUUUUCGAUAAUGUUGCUAAGGUGGACUUUUCGGAAACAGAAAACGAUAAGAUAAUAGCCAUCUACUCCCAUGAAAAUGAAAAAGUUGUGCUUGAUAAGGAAGUCGCGUGUGUCGGUGGUGUAGAAAUUUGGCUGAAUGCACUUCUAAAAAUGCAUCAGCAGUCUGUUGGCAGUGUCAUAUCUCAAGGCCUCCAACUAUUGGAUAGUCCCGAGAACGACGUUUUCGCACUCAUAGACGAUACAAUCCUUCAGACCGGACUAUUGGCGAUUCAAACGUUGUGGACUCGCGACUCAGAGGUUGCGAUUCUAACAGCGAAGCGUGACAGGACCAUAAUGAAGAAAACAAACCAGUGGUUCUUGGAUUUACUCAAUGGUUUAAUCGAAAUCACUGUGAAAGAUCUUACCAAAUAUUCUCGAGCGAAAUACGAAGCAGAUAUCUUCGAUGACCUCUGCAAAUUGAAAAUACGAAGUAUCGAAGAUUUCGAGUGGUUGAAGCAAGCAAGAUUCUAUUACGAUGACGAGACAGAGGCUGUAGUGAUCAAGAUCACGAAUAUCGAUUUCAUAUAUCAAAAUGAGUUUUUGGGAUGCACCGAUCGUCUUGCUGUUACACCAUUGACUGACAGAUGCUACAUAACUUUAGCCCAGGCAAUUGGAAUGAAUUUCGGGGGAGCCCCAGCUGGCCCCGCCGGAACUGGUAAAACUGAGACAACGAAAGAUAUGGGCAAAUGUCUUGGCAAGUAUGUCGUGGUGUUCAAUUGUUCGGACCAGAUGGACUUCCGCGGUUUGGGUCGUAUAUUCAAGGGCUUGGCCCAGGCUGGUGCAUGGGGAUGCUUCGAUGAGUUCAAUCGCAUUGAUUUGCCUGUAUUGUCUGUCGCAGCCCAACAAAUAGCGAUUGUAUUAACUGCUCGAAAGGAGAAGCGAUCAACCUUCCUUUUCAGUGAUGGACAGACGUAUCCAAUUGAUAUGGAAUUUGGUUUAUUCAUCACGAUGAAUCCGGGAUAUGCUGGGCGCCAAGAGUUGCCCGAGAAUUUGAAAAUUCAAUUCCGAAGUAUUGCCAUGAUGGUCCCAGACAGACAGAUCAUCAUGAGAGUCAAACUGGCGGCAUGCGGAUUCAAGGAAAAUAUACUGUUGGCGAGAAAAUUUUUCACAUUGUACAAAUUAUGCGAAGAACAAUUGAGCAAACAAGUGCAUUACGAUUUCGGCUUGAGGAAUAUUCUUUCCUGUUUGCGAACUCUCGGGGCUCAGAAGAGAGCACAUCCCGAAGAAUCUGAGGAAACGACGCUUAUGAGAGUUCUUCGCGACAUGAACUUAUCGAAACUAGUUGAUGAAGAUGAACCCCUGUUCCUGUCCCUUAUCGAGGAUAUGUUCCCUGGAAUGAAGCUGUCAAGCCAAAUGUCGAAAGAUUUGCAGAGAGGAAUAUCAAAUGCGGUGGAAGCACUAGGAAUCAUUAAUCAUCCAGAAUGGAAUUUGAAGGUUGUUCAGUUGUACGAGACAUCCCUCGUUCGCCAUGGCUUGAUGGUUCUGGGACCGACUGGCUCAGGCAAAACUUGUUGCAUGUGGUCUCUGCUGAAGGCGAUGACGGAAAUGGGGAUGCCACACAAGGAAGUUCGCAUGAAUCCGAAAGCAAUAACAGCACCUCAAAUGUUUGGGAGGCUGGAUGUUGCGACCAAUGAUUGGACGGACGGAAUUUUUUCGACACUUUGGCGGAGAUCCACACAAAUGAAAAAGGGAAACCAUUUGUGGAUUGUUCUUGAUGGCCCAGUGGAUGCUGUGUGGAUUGAAAAUCUUAACUCCGUGCUUGAUGAUAAUAAAACGUUGACGCUGGCUAACGGCGAUCGAAUUGUCAUGUCACCUAGCAGCAAAUUGGUUUUUGAGCCUGAUAAUGUUGAUAAUGCAUCGCCAGCCACUGUGUCUCGCAUGGGUAUGGUGUUUGUUAGUGCUUCAGUCCUCAAGUGGCCGCAGAUAUUGGAGGGCUGGUUGAAGACUCGAUUGGAUCACGAAAAAACUUUUUUUCGAAGUUUAUUUCAUAAAAUUUAUGGGGAAGCUUAUGAAUACCUGCGGACCAAGCUUGAGGUAAAGAUGGUGUUACCGGAGGUUGUUUACAUUCGACAGUGCAGAGAUCUGCUAGUCGGGUUACUUCAGCAUGAUGAGUCAAAUACAUUUACAGAUAGACAUUUGGAAAGAUUUUUCUUAUUUUCGAUGAUGUGGAGCCUUGGAGCCGUUCUCGAGCUUGAUGGCCGAGCUAGUUUACAGGAUUUCCUUAUCAACCAUCCCUCGAAGUGUGACUGGCCCAUACUACGAGAAGAUGAUACAAUCUUUGAAUAUCUUAUCGCAGACAAUGGGAAUUGGAUUCACUGGAGUAAAAUGGUUCCCAUAUUCAAUUAUCCUUCUGAAUAUGUUCUGGAUUACCAUAAAAUUCUAGUGCCCAAUAUCGAUAAUACCAGAACCAUGUUCCUGAUAGACCUGAUUGCACAGCAAGAGAAGGCAGUACUUUUAAUUGGGGAACAAGGAACUGCAAAAACCGUGAUGCUGAAGUCUUUCAUGUCGCAUUACAAUUCUGAAAUACACUUGAAGAAAUCCUUCAAUUUUUCAUCUGCGUCAACACCAAAUAUGGUUCAAAGAGUCAUCGAGAGUUACGUGGAUAAACGGGUAGGCACAACGUACGGUCCUCCUGGUGGUAGAAAGAUGACUGUCUUCAUCGAUGAUAUUAACAUGCCAGAAAUCAAUGAAUGGGGAGACCAGAUAACCAACGAAUUAAUUAGACAGUUGAUGGAAUGCAAAGGGUUCUAUUCAUUAGACAAACCUGGCGAUUUCAAUACAAUUCAAGAUAUGCAGUUCUUGGCAGCGAUGAUUCAUCCGGGUGGAGGAAGAAAUGACAUUCCGCCUCGUUUGAAACGUCAAUUCAAUAUUUUCAACUGCACUCUACCAUCUGCUAAAUCCAUGGAUACUAUAUUCGGAUCAAUCGGUGAAGGAUAUUUCUGCGAAAGUCGUUUCUCCCCGGAAAUCGUGGAUUUCCUACCGAAACUCGUUCCCUUGACGAGGACUAUAUGGCAGCAAACUAAGGCCAAGUUGCUGCCCACCCCCUCCAAGUUCCAUUAUGUGUUCAAUUUACGUGAUUUGUCUCGCAUAUGGGAGGGAAUAUUGAGGAUUGAAAGUGCUGAGUGUACCUCACGAAAUAUUCUCUUGAAGCUCUGGGAUCACGAAUGUACUCGGGUCAUUGCUGACAGAUUCACAAUUGCGACCGAUAAAGAAUGGUUCAAAAAUACACUUAAGAGUACGACGAAAAUCCUUCUCGCGGAGGAUAGUAAAUACUAUGAUGGAACCGAGACGUACUUCGCUAAUUUUUUGCGUGAAGCUCCGGAACCGACGGGGUUAGAGCCUGAAGAUUUUGUCAUAGAGGAACCCAAAAUUUAUGAACCAAUUCACGGAUAUGAAUUUGUCGUUUCAAAAGUAUACGAAAAGAUGGAACAGUUCAACGAAUGCAUUCGUGGUAUCAAGCUCGAUCUGGUGUUCUUCCACGACGCAUUAGUCCAUCUCCUGAGAAUAUCAAGAAUACUUGGCAUGCCCCGCGGUAAUGCUCUACUUGUAGGCGUAGGAGGUUCUGGAAAGCAAAGUAGCUUAUUAGAAGACUUGAAGAAGUUGUAUUCCAAAGCUGUCACUGGCAAAUCCGGUAUAACCUUCAUAUUCAGCGAUAACGAAAUCAAAGAAGAGUCAUUUCUGGAGUACUUGAAUAAUGUCCUGAGUGUUGGAGAGAUAGCGAACCUCUUCCCUAAAGGAGAGCUCGAUGAAAUAUUACUGAGUUUGAUAUCAUCUAUGAGAACCAAUGAUCCAAAGACGCCACCAACACAAGAUAAUCUGUACGAUUACUUCAUUUCGCAAGCGCGAAACAAUUUGCAUGUUGCGUUAUGCUUUUCACCGGUUGGUGGAAAGUUUCGUUCCAGAGCAUUGAAGUUCCCCGGCUUGAUCUCCGGUUGUACCAUAAAUUGGUUCAGCAAAUGGCCAAUGGAUGCCCUGUGCGCAGUGAGCAAACAUUUCUUGGGAAACUAUCAAUUGGUCACCACUCAGGAAAUAAAAAAUGGACUUAUUGAAGUGAUGGCUGACAUUCACGAUGAUGUCAGGAAUGUCUGCGUGGAAUAUUAUGAUCGCUUCCGACGACAGACAUACGUAACAGCGAAGUCUUUCCUCUCCUUUCUCGACGGCUACAAAGCUAUCUACAGACAACGAUUGGAUAACAUCAAUAUGCUUUCCUCACGGAUGACCAAUGGUCUCCACAAACUCAUUGAUGCUGCAGAGCAAGUAGAUGGUUUACGUAAAGUACUGGAGCGCAAUCAAGAGGACAUUGCGGUUAAAAACGUCCAAGUGGAAGCUAUUCUCGAAAGGGUUGAUGAAAAGAAGAGAGAAGCAGAAGCUGUGAAGGCUGAAGUGCAAAAGUCUAAGGACGAAGCUGAGACCUUGUUGAAAUUCAUAUCCAAGGACAAAGCGAAUGCAGAAGAGCAACUGAAGGUGGCUGAGCCUGCUCUUCUGGCUGCGGAAGCUGCUCUUCAAACAAUAAAAGCUGCGGAUAUUUCCACAAUCCGCAAACUCGGAAAGCCUCCCUAUCUCAUCACUCUCAUCAUGGACUGUGUACUGAUUCUUUUCGGGCGAAAAUUGAAUUCGGUGAAACCAGAUUAUGAUCGACAGUUCCUAAUGCCAUCGUGGUCGGAGUCUUUGAAGUUCAUGGCGGAUACUAGAUUUUUGUAUCAUCUUCAGAAUUUUCCUAAAGACAAUAUUAACGCUGAAACAGUCGAUCUCAUGCGACCCUAUGCGCAGUAUGAGCUGUACAACUAUGAAGCUGCGAAGCAAGCAUGCGGUAAUGUAGCUGGAUUGCUGCAAUGGACCCUUUCGAUGGCAGCAUUUUACGAAAUCAAUAAGGAUGUCUUGCCACUGAAGGCUAACUUGGCUGUUCAACAAAGUAAAUACGAUAAAGCGAAUCACAAUUUGAGAGAGGCUGAAGAAAUUUUGAAGCAAAAAGACGAGGACUUGCGAGUCGUUCAAAGUGAAUAUGACGGUGUUAUGGCGGAACGCCAGGAAAUAGUUGAUCUUGCCGAUGCAUGCCAAGCUAAAAUGGAUACUGCGAGUGCUCUGAUCGGUGGUCUGUCUGGUGAACGCAUUAGAUGGACCAAUCAACUGACCAUAUUCAGAUCUGAAAUCGAGCGUCUCGUUGGUGACGCCGUCAUUUUAACGGCAUUUCUAUUUUACUGUGGGCCGUUCAACCAAGAAUUUCGCUCGCUCCUUCAAAAACACUGGUUUGAUUUCAUUCAGGGGAGGAAAAUACCUUUUUCGGUUGAUGUUAAUAUCCCCGAUGCGUUAUCGGACGUAGCGACGAUUAGCGAAUGGAAUCUCCAAGGUCUCCCCAACGACGAAUUGUCUACCCAGAAUGCUAUCAUAGUGACAAAAGCUGCACGAUAUCCACUUUUGAUAGACCCUCAACUGCAGGGAAAAGCGUGGAUAAAAAAUAAAGAAAGUCAAUUCGGGUUGCAGAUUACCAACCUGAGCCACAAGUAUUUCCGGAAUCACUUGGAGGAUUCUGUCUCCAUUGGAAAUCCUCUGUUGAUUGAAGAUGUGAUGGAGGAGCUGGACCCAAUUCUGGAUAAUUUAUUGGACAAAAAUUUUUUGAAAAUUGGUACAUCACUAAAAGUGCUACUAGGUGACAAGGAAGUAGAUGUGAAUAAAGACUUCCGGCUGUACAUCACAACGAAAUUUCCCAAUCCGUCUUAUACACCGGAGAUAUUUGCUAGAUCUUCAAUCAUAGAUUUCUCUGUGACCAUGAAGGGUCUUGAAGAUCAGCUCCUCAGCCGAGUGAUAUUAGCCGAAAAGCGAGAAUUAGAAACUGGGAGAACGAAAUUAGUAACCGAUAUCACGGUGAACAAAAGGAAAAUUCAAGAAUUAGAGGCGAAUUUGCUGCAUAAAUUAACAACCGUUCAGGGAUCUCUUCUCGACGAUGUAGAGCUCAUGGCAGUCCUCACUACAACCCAGAAAACAGCUGCUGAAGUAACUCUGAAGCUGAAUCAAGCACGAGAUACCGAAAUCAAAGUGAACAUUGCAAGAGAAGAAUUUCGAAGCGUCGCAACACGCGGGAGUGUUCUAUACUUCUUGAUUUGUGAUAUGUCCAAAGUGAAUUGUAUGUAUCAAACGUCACUGGUGCAGUUCCUGGAGCGUUUCGAUUUGUCCUUGAUAAGAUCUGAAAAGAGUCCGGUGAUUGCUAGAAGAAUAAAUGCGAUCAUCGAAGAAUUGACUCUCGAAAUAUACAGAUAUACAGCUCGAGGCCUGUAUGAGAAUCAUAAAUUCAUGUUCCUUCUACUGAUGACAUUGAAAAUAGAUCUGCAGCGUCGAUCAAUCAGUCACGAAGAAUUCGACUAUUUCAUCAAGGGUGGUGCAGGUCUAGAUCUCAGUGUUGUCAGACCGAAACAGUGUAAAUGGAUAACAGAUAAAACUUGGCUGAAUUUGGCGGCUCUCGCGUCUCUCCGCCAAUUCCAGUAUAUUCUGUCGUUGAUCGAAGCAUCUGAAAAAGUGUGGAAGAAUUGGUACGAUAAGGAAGCACCUGAGGAAGAAAUUAUACCCGACGGCUUCAAUAAUUUGGAUUCAUUUCGACGUCUACUAUUCAUAAGAGCAUGGUGCAUGGACAGAACUUUAUCGCAGGCCCGCAAAUAUAUAAUUGACUCUCUUGGACCCAACUAUGCCGACCCAGUCAUAACAAUUCUAGAUACUAUGUACACAGAAUCACGGUCGACUACGCCUAUGAUUUGUUUCUUAAGUAUGGGAACUGAUCCAACACCGAGUAUUGUACAACUAGCGAAAAAAAUGGAAAUACCCUGCAAAUCAAUCUCAAUGGGACAGAGCCAGGAAGUUCAUGCCCGAAAAUUGAUGGGCACAGCUGAGAAUGAAGGUUUUUGGGUAUUGUGCCAGAAUUGUCAUCUUAGCAUUGAUUACAUGAAUGAGUUGGUGAGUUUCAUUCAGGAAAAUCAACCGUCGCAUCCCAAUUUUCGUAUUUGGAUGACCACUGAGUCACAUCUACUGUUUCCCAUCUCCCUUCUGCAAAUGUCGAUCAAAUUCACGUAUGAACCGCCACAAGGCGUUCGUGCCGGUUUACUCGCUACAUACAGCAACAUGAAUCAAGAAAUGCUGGAUCAGUGUGAUGCGCGACAAUACAUUCCCCUAGUCUACGCGAUUUCAUUUUUGCACACUGUUGUACAAGAGCGACGGAAAUUUGGCGCGCUGGGUUGGAACAUCCCCUAUGAAUUCAAUUCAACGGAUUGGCUUGCAACCUGCAUGUUCAUAAAUAAUCACUUGAACUACUCUGAUCUGAAGCGAGGGCUCAGUUGGCAAACCAUACGAUAUAUGAUUGGGGAAGUCCAGUAUGGUGGCAGAGUAACGGACGACUACGAUAAGCGUCUACUGAAUACUUUCACCAAAGUGUGGUUCGCCGAUACACUUUUCAAUGAAGAUUUCGUUUUUUACAAGGGGUACACCGUCCUCAGUUUCAAGAAUGUCGCUGAAUAUUUGUCCGCCAUAGAUUCUAUGCCUUCCGUUGAUCCCCCGCAAAUUUACGGACUUCAUCGAAAUGCUGAUAUCACAUAUCAGAGCCGAAUCAUUCAGGAUGUCCUGGAUACCGUAAUUUCAAUCCAGCCGAAAGGAUCAACCGGCACCGUUGGUGAAACUCGAGAGGGAAAUGUCUUGAGACAAGCGAAAGAAAUGCUGGACAAACUACCACUGCCUUUCGAUCCCUUUUACAUAAAAGCUAGGCUUCAGACAAUGGGUAUCACUGAAUCGAUGACUAUAUUCCUGAAGCAGGAAAUGGAUCGGAUGCAAAUUCUGUUGAAAAUAGUGCGGCUGACGCUGCAGAAUUUACUUCUCGCAAUAGAAGGUGUUAUAAUUAUGAAUGAGGAUUUACGUGAUACACUCGACAAUAUUUACGAUGCUAGAAUUCCCAGAAUCUGGCGUUCCCGCUCCUGGGAUUCGUCUACCCUUGGAUUCUGGGUUACGGAAUUACUGGAACGGAAUCAACAGUUUUCGAAAUGGAUAACCAUCAGUCGUCCAGAUUCAUUCUGGAUGACUGGAUUUUUUAAUCCUCAAGGAUUUUUAACUGCCAUGCGGCAAGAAGUGACGCGUGCACAUAAAGGCUGGGCACUUGAUAAUGUCACCCUGUACAAUGAAGUAACAAGACACAUGUUUGAAGAAAUUAAAAGUCCUCCGAAUGAAGGUGUUUACGUGCACGGACUAUUCUUGGAGGGAGGCGGAUGGGAACGACGGAGUAAUCGCCUGAGAGAAUCACUGAAUAAAAUCCUUCAUGUUGAAAUGCCAGUGAUUCAUAUUUCUGCAGUGAGUGGCAAAGCAACGAAAGAUACUAAAUUAUUAUACGAAUGUCCUGUGUACAAGAAGCCCAUGAGGACGUAUGCUACCUUCAUUGUGUCUCUGAUGCUCCAAACUAAUAGACCUCCAGAAUUUUGGGUCAUACGCGGGGUUGCAUUACUCUGCGACAAUAAAUGA